ACACUGGCAGAAGGCUAGAAUUGGCCAGACACUUCUGUGAAAAAUGCCUUUAGAUAUUUCAUAUCCAUGUAAAGCUGAAACACACUGUGGAAGAUAAUGAAGGGGAAGCAGGUCCCUGUGUAUAAACUGUACAUGAAUGCAUGAAAGGGUGGGUGAAUACUGUAUGGGUGGAGAAGGAGAUGCAUAGUUGCUUGGAGCUAAAAGCUUGUGUUCCCAGGGGAGGCACAUAUUGGAGGAGUUAAAAUACAUGUAAUUAUGUAUCCUAGAAUCUCAGGGCUGGAAGAGACUUCAGAAAGAGACCUCUGCACACACCAGAGCUUCGUGGGGCCCAGCAUAGUAGAUUGUGUGCUCCAGCCCCAGAGUGGCAAGGGGGAUAGGGCCUGGAUCACCAGCCUGGGGUGCAGUGAGCCUUGGAGGCCAGAUCCAGUAGAGAAAAAGCCUCUGAUUAUGGCACCACCUGGAAGAAAGCAUGCAGGGAAAGCUGGCAAAUCAGUACAGGAAGAUCAAGCCAUAAGUGCCUAUGACUUUCAGGAAGAGGAAAAGAAAAACUUGAGUGGAUCAGAGGAAGAUAUUAGGGAAGGUGCAGUAUGUCCACUGAAAGAAUUUUCAUCAAGUUUUAUGAAGUGUGACACUCCAGUAAUUGAUAAACAUGGGAAAAAAAGACCUUCAGUGACUCCUCAUCCUGUAGUUGAAGAAGAUGUGGGGGGCGAAGUACAAACUAUGUUGGAACGAUUUGGAGCUGACAUUAACAAGGCUCUCUUAGCUAAGAGGAAAAGAUUAGAAAUGUAUACUAAGGCUUCUCUUAAAACCAGUAACCAGAAAAUUGAACAUGUUUGGAAAACACAGCAAGAACAGAGGCAGAAGCUCAACCAUGAGUAUUCCCAGCAGUUCCUGACUUUAUUUCAACAAUGGGAUAUUGAUGUGCAGAAAGCAGAGGAACAGGAAGAAAAACUAGCGAGUAUGGAAGAACUGGAAAAGAACCAUGAAAAUCUUCUAGCUGGUGCACAAAAUGAACUUCGCAAAGAAAUGGCUAUGUUGCAAAAGAAAAUAAUGAUGGACACUCAACAGCAAGAGAUGGCAACUGUUCGCAAGUCUCUUCAGUCCAUGUUAUUCUGAUGGCUCAAUGAAGAAACAACUUGCACCUAAGUAACAUGAUACAAUUAUAGCCAUUAGCCAUGGAAAAAUAAGUCUGCUGAUUUAAAAUUUAAAUUUAAGAGUUAGGGUUAGAUGUAUUGUUUCAAUAAUGUUACUAGUGAAUUUGACAGUAUAUUUUUUCAUGUUAUUAAUGGAUGAGAUUACAAACCAGAUUUUUUUCCUCAAAAACUAUUAAUAUGUCUUUAAAAUGUCUGCUUGUAUCUCUCCUUAACUUCUUUGCAGUGAUAGUUGCUUUUCUAGCAGUAAAGCAGUAUUAUAAAGCACAAGACUAUAGGGCUACGUCUACAU